AUGUCCACUGCCCAGUAUACUGCCCUGUCCACUUCGGAGCAUCCUCAGUCUACCUAUGAGCCUACACGCGAGUCGACUGCUUGGUUUGGAAUGCGCGCGAAGAGAGGACGCAUGCCCCCCGCUCCCCAGGACGCAGUCUUUUCGAAUAUAGUCCCGGAGAGGACGAGUGAAGGAGAGGAGUUGGCACGGGCAUUGGCAGAGAUGGGAUUCAUUUCCCCCGAGCAGGUUCAAGCCCCUGCUGAGCCCGAGUCACCACCAUACUACCAACCAGCACCCAGCUACGAGACGGUGGAAGACCCCGUAACGCUAGCGUCGUACCUUUUCAAGUACGGAUUUGUUUUCCCGCUUUUCUGGCUGGUUGGAGCGUUUAUCAUUAUCUCUGAUCUUCAUCACGAGUCGACGUCUGGGUCCUCGCUCGAGUCUGCACCUGCGUCGCCUACUGCGCCCAAGAAUGCUUACGAGCUCCAGCUGAAGCGAGAAGAGAUGGCGCUUCUCCGUUUGGCGGAGCUUAAAUGGGCAUGGCGUUGCGCUUAUGCGUUUGGUAUCUGGUUCGCCCUCUUGAUUACCUUCCUCGCCGUUGUCAUCGGGACCGGCUGCGUCAGACUCUUCUAA